ACAAAGAGCUAGAGGGAUGGCAAGUUUAUGAAAGCCUGUACCAAUACCAGACGUGAAUAGUACACGGCGUCCUCUCUCAUUUCAGCAUUUUUCAUGUAGUUUACUGUCAUCAUUGUUGCUGAAACGUUGCGGCAGUAAACUAGGUCUGUAGGCUGUACAUACUGUAGAAUAGAGCCAUAGCGCUACAACAUCCGGGCAUUCCUCAGCCUGCGCAGAAACGGAAUGGCGGAGCUAGUUCGAUGGGCUCUGGAGAUCACAGACGCAGCCUAGUGGAGAUCCUAAGGCAGGGCUAUGAGGAGUCCAGGGCCCUAGUGGAGCUGCAGAACAGCCUGGGGGCCUCGCAGUCACAGGGCCGCCCAAUGAAGAUGGCAGCACGUCCCCAAAAUGGCAGUGAGAUUCCCCUGGAGGACCUGCUGUCUCUGUGUGGGUAUGAGGUGUCUGAUCCCCUCCUGCAGCAGGACAGGGAGCCCAACGAGCUAGCAGCCAGUCUGCCUGACAUGACACUGGACAAGGACCAGAUUGCUAAAGAUCUGUUCUCAGGAGAGGAUGAAGAGGAGUCAUCAGCUGAUGACCUCACUCUCUCUGUCACCUCCCAAGCCUCUGACCUCAUCUUCCGCCGCCACCUAAGAGCCCAUUCCAUGGCAGAUGGAGAAAAAGGCACCUUCGUCAGCUCCUCAGAAGAUGUCUCAGAUGAUGAUGACGACAACACCUCCAUUCCGUCCAAUGAUGAACGCAAGGACAUCAUGGUGGGCUCAAUGUACCAAGCCAAAAUCCCUCCUCUCAGCCCAUACUCAUACCAGGAGAGAGUCUAUGAGAAUGAGGACCAGCUCCUGUGGACCCCAGACAUGUUGCCAGGCCAGGCUGUAAAGGAGUUCCUGCUAAGUGCCCAGAGACGGGCAGGUCAGGACGGGGCUGUAGACACCCUCAUCAACGGGGACAUAAUCAAAGACAAUGAACAAGCUCUGUAUGAGCUGGUGAAAUGCAGCUUUAAUCCAGAGGAGGCACUGAGACGAAUGCGUUUUAAUGUGAAAGUAUUCAGCGAGGAGCUGUGUGCCUGGAGCGAGGAGGAAUGUCGAAACUUUGAACAUGGCUAUCGAGUUCAUGGGAAGAACUUCCACCUCAUUCAGGCCAAUAAGGUACGCACGCGUUCGGUGGGUGAGUGUGUGGAGUAUUACUACAUGUGGAAGAAGUCGGAUCGCCACGAGUACUUCACCCAGCAGACCACUAAGCUGGGCCGCAAGAAGUACAGUCUGCAGUCAGGGAGCAUGGAGGAUGGAGAGCAGGAUGGAGAGGUUGGGGAGAUGGAGGGGUGCUCCCAGAUUCAGCUCCCCUCACAUCCACCAAUCAUAGCUCUGGACAAGCAAGAUGCUGAGAUGGGGAUGGAGGUGUUGGAGCUGUGUGGCGCUCCUUGCCCCAGCCCACUGAGGGAGCAGCAGUUCAGCCACUUCUCUCCACUCCACCCUCUGGAGAACCUGCAGCAGGAGCCCUCUCUGAACUGUUCCAGCCCGGGCCACAGUCCCACCUCGCCCCCUGCCCAGCUCCACCUCUCCUCACUGCCCUGCUGCAGCUCCCCGUGCCCCCCAGCGGAGCCUCCUCUCCUGGGUUCUGGUUUCUACCAGCUGCAGCUAGGGCCUUUCCUUCCAGAUGGCCUGUCCAUGGGGCCAGAGGAUGGGGACUCCCAGGGGUUGCAGAUAGAUUUCUCCCUGCCCUCCAUCCCCCAGACCUCACCCGCCAUUGCCCCCUCAGUCUCUAUCACUUCUGACUUUGGGGCCAUCAGCAGUUACCUGUGUCCCUCAGCCCUGUGCCCCUCUCCCGUCCAGCACCCCCGCUCUCUCACACAGUAAGGGGAGGAAGAAGGGUGUCUUUACUCUGGAGAACAUUCCAAUAACACCUGGGUUGUCUGUACUUCUAAUUAUUGCCUGUUGAAGUAAACUUGGACCAGAGCUUACUCAUGUGUUGGUGUGAAACUCCCCAGGAGAGAAACUAUGUUUUUACAGGGAGAUGUGCAUACCUGUAUCAUAGUGUUUACUAGGGGGGACUCCCACUGCACAUAAGCACAAUGGCUUACCUACCUGUCUGUUCUGGAAGGCCAGUCGUUCUACAGGGAUGUUCCCAGUUCUUAGAGAAUUCUUAGGUAAUGUUGGUACUGAAAAAGCGGGUGGGCUUGUUGAUAGCUCCAAGGCCAAAGCAACUGUCCUGAUGUUCUUUGCAGUGGCCUCCUCCUAUUCCAGAGCAGAACUUGAGACAGAUGUAACAUCCCUCACUGAUUUCCCAACAUUUCCUGGGAACAUUGAGCAGCAGACAGACAGCAUGACCUGGAUGUCAUAUUAUAGCAGUAUGUCCACAAGAGAUGUUCUCCCGCUAUCAGAUCUGAAAAGGCUGUUUCUAUGAGCAGUGUUCAGUCUGCACUUGUAUGUCUCUUCACCACUCUGACUGUGGACCUCUUAGGUAGGAUCAGUCUCCCUAGUUCACUGUGGUUCCACCUCUUGAACAUCCACAACUGAAACUGAAGGUUUUGUAUACAGUCUGUUUAAAAGGAAAGAUCUGUAUAAGAAUACCAUGAAACAAUGCUUUUGAGAUUGUCACUGUUUUUAUUUUCUUGUUCCUUGUUGUUCAGAAAUGUCUUGGAAGGUUUGCAAUGAGAAAACAGAGUUUGUGAUGGGAGUACUUUUGUGUUCUUUCUAGUUUAUGUUGACAUUUGAAAGGUCUUGUACAGAACCAAACUCUCACAAUUGCCUGACAACCAUGAUAGGCACGUUAGCCUGUGUUUUGCGCAUUAUUGUACAUGUUACUGAUGGUAAGUCACUGAAUACACAGUUACUCAGGUUUUGUAGCCUCUGGCUUCUUCCAUGUAUCUCAACUCCUGUUGUGUGAUUAAGUGUUGGAUAUUACCCCGAAUCACACAUGCAACUUUGGGGGUAACAGUCAUUGAAAAAGCCCAAUGGCAUUGAAGGACAUCAACCCAAAACGUGUGUGUUCAGAAGGAUGCAAUAUUAACAAUGUUGCAGAUGGAGAUUGUGAUAUAUAGCUAGCUAUACAGUCCCCAGAUUUCAGUGAUGCGCUACAGUAUCCUGCCACGAGAGGAUCUCGGCUGUCACAUAGUCUGAAGAGAGCUUGCCUGCUUCACAACCCCUGCUCAGGUGGGCCCGGAGAGAAUACGUCCCCUGUGCUCUCUGCCCUGACAGCAGUAAAACUCCAUGUCUUUAUUUAUUUUUUAUAGGUGGGGUCAUCCUCUACUCCCUGCUCUGACCUAAGCUGUUCUAGAUCUGUGUUUUCUCCAACCGUUUACAGAAGGUUCUGGAUGUUGACUAUCGGGGCAGGAAAGGGAGUAGAAACACAGCUUUUGUUUAUUUUUUAGCAUUUAUAUCAUACUUCUUCUGUUUAUGUUGGUUUGUAAUUAUUAUAUUUUGUAAAAAAACAAAAAAUAAUCUAUUAAAAAUACACAUGUUGA